GGCUAAAUGGUUAUGGAAGAUGUGUAUGAAUGUGAAAUUUAUAUAUGUUUGGGAAAUUUGAAUGUUAUUAGUGUAACACAAAGAGGAUGUUGUAUGUAGUAUGUAUGUGAUAAAUGUAAUGUAUUUGAUUUCAGACCCCAGGAAGAUUAGCUGGUGCCAUUGGUAUCAGCUAAUGGGGAUCCUUUUUAAAUAAAUAAAUGGCUGGGCAUUUCCUGCCUGCUAUUUUUAGAAAGUGGCAGAAAGCAAAUAAGACAGGCCUACGUCACAGCUUGUCAUGUAUAUUUAAGGACUCUGAUGCACCUCUCUCUCUCCCCUACUCUCUCUCUCUCCUCUCUCUCUCUCUCUCCCUCUCUCUGUCUCUCCUCUCCUCUCCCUCUCUCUCCUCCUCUCUCUCUCUCUGUAUCGUACCCAUCCUGUCCUCUGCAUGGAUAUGGCCACCCAGCUGCUCCAUCCAUCCCAUCCGCACACCACCACGUGACCCACAUCUCCCGUGUCCUUCACUAGUUCACUCAGCAUGAUGAUGGCUGCGGAUGCUGCGGAUGCUCUCUGCUGCAGCAUCCUGCAUCAUCCGCGUCGCCUCUUCCUCCUCUUCCUCACCGUCACCCUCUCCUCUCUGCCGGCUCCGACCGCCGCGCUGCUCGGCGUCCGGCCGGAGGACACCCAGAGCGGAGAGCUGUCCGUGCAAAGCGGGAUGCUGAGGGCGAUUGAAGGGACCCGCUUCCUACUGAGGGUUUACUACACCACCGCAUCCCCUCCAGCUGCUGCGGAGCAUCAUCCCGACAACUUGAACGUCAGCGGCAGACCUCCUGACGCAGCUCCGUGGAUCGCCUUCAUAGAGGAACCAGAUGAGGACAGCGGGGACGCGGAGAGGAUGCUUCGGUCCAACCCGUGCGAAGAGGAGGACUCCCGGAGCUCAGACAUCGAGCUGCUGGGCUCCUUCAGAUCCACAUCAAGCCACAACUCCGUGUUGGUGGAGCUGCUCGCCAAAGACCUGCGCAGAGGCGAGUUGAUCAAGUACUACUCCAUGUGCGCCUUCGACGGAGUGAAAUGGGAGCACUUCAGCACCAGGGACUUCUGGCUGGCGGUGGUGGAGAGACCUCCAGAGGCGGAUGUGUGGCUCCAGACCGGUGUCUCGGUGCUGCUGCUGGCUCUGUCCGCCCUCUGUAGUGGUCUGAACAUCAGCAUGCUGGCUCUGGACCCGGUGGAGCUGCGGGUCCUGCAGAACAGCGGCACAGAGAAGGAGCAGAAAUACGCACGGAACAUCGAGUCGGUGCGUAAACAUGGCAACUACAUCCUCUGCACGGUGGUGCUAGGCAACGUGCUCACUAACACGUGCUUCGUGGUGUGGAUGUGCCAGAUUCUAGGGAUGACUGCUCUCUCCACUGCAUCAUGCACUUUAGGGAUCUUCUUCAUUGGGGAGAUUUUACCUCACUCCGUUGCGUCCAGGCACAGCCUCGCCAUCGCAUCCAAGACCCUCUGCGCCACCCGCCUGCUCAUGCUGCUGUUCUUCCCCAUCGCAUACCCGGUCUCCAAGAUCCUGGACCUCCUGCUGCACCAGGAGAUCAGCAGCUUCUACACCAGGGAGAAGCUGGUGGCCAUGCUGCGCGUCACGGAUCCCUACCACGACCUGGUGAAAGAGGAGCUCAACAUCAUCCAGGGAGCCCUGGAGCUGCGGACCAAGACCGUGGAGGACGUGCUGACCCCCUUGUCCGACUGCUACAUGUUGACCUCGGACGCCACGCUGGACUUCUGCACCAUGUCGGACGUGAUGCAGAGCGGUUUCACCCGGAUCCCGGUCUACGAGAACGAGAGGUCCAACAUCGUGGACAUCCUGUUGGUCAAAGACUUGGCCUUCGUGGAUCCAGACGACUGCACGCCCUUAAAGACAAUCACUCAGUUUUACAAGCAUCCCAUGCACUGCGUGUUCAGUGACACCAAGCUGGAUGUGAUGCUGGAGGAAUUUAAGAGAGGUAAGUCCCACCUGGCCGUGGUGCAGAGGGUGAAUAGCGAAGGCGAGGGAGACCCCUUCUACGAAGUGAUGGGCAUCGUUACCCUGGAAGACGUCAUAGAGGAGAUCAUCCAUUCUGAGAUUGUGGAUGAGACAGACCUGUAUACUGAUAAUCGGAACAAAAGGCGAGUGUCCAACCACGAGAGGAAACAGCAGGAUUUCUCCAUCUUCAAACUGGCAGAGAAUGAGCUGAAGGUGAAGAUCUCGCCCCAGCUGCUGCUCGCAACGCACCGCUUCUUGGCAACAGAGGUGGAGCCUUUUAGGCCGUGUCACCUGUCGGAGAAGAUCCUGCUGCGUCUCAUCAAACAUCCCAGCAUUGUGCAGGAUCUCAAGUUCAACCCCAAGAACAAACACGCUCCUCAACACUACCUCUUCCAGAGAAACAAACCAGUGGACUACUUUGUCCUCGUUCUGCAGGGACGGGUGGAGGUGGAGAUAGGAAAGGAGGCUCUUCGCUUUGAAAAUGGAGCGUUUUCCUAUUAUGGCAUGCCAGCGCUCAUCACGCCCCUGCCUAUUGGUCCGAGGUAUAGUUCCCGGGGCAGCGGUCUGAACCAAUCAGAUUCCUUACUGAGUGGAGGCAGCGUGGGUCAGCUCACUACAGGAGGAGGGGUCUACUUGCCAGACUACUCGGUCCGUCAGCUCACAGACCUGCAGAUCAUCAAGAUCACCAAGAACCACUACCAGAACGCCCUGACGGCCACCAGGAUGGACAGCUCCCCUCAGACACCAGACCCGAUGGAUUGUGAUGCUAAAGGGAGGCCCGCGGUCCCAGAGGUCCGCUCACACAGCAUCGCCCUCCCACUCACACACACACACACUAGACUGGGGCUGGCUCGCCUUGCUCAUCUCCAUCCCCACGGUGGCCUUCGCAACACCUCCCAGCUCAACGAGAGGAACCGGAUCGUUCGCAGUAAAUCUGAUGGGCAGAGGAGUCCAAACGACACCGUGUUCCUCCGCAUGGAUGAGAUUCCCUACAUCCACGAGGACCGGCCGGAAAUCUAUGGAGAGAAUGACGUGCCUACAGAGUCUCAGCCCUCCGCCUCUCCCUUCAUCAGCACUCUGUCUCUGUCCAGCUCCGAGGAGAACAUCGGGAAGAAGCUGUUGCGUAAACUGAGUAACAAGAGGAGGAAAAAGUCUCGGGAUGGAGAACAGAGUUUGGAGGAAGGUUCAGAGCAACCGCCAGUGACGAGCUAGCACACUGAGGAAGAGGGAUGAAUCUUCUUCCUCUUCAUCACCCACUGGUUUUCCUUACUAAACAACCGCCCCCCUCAUUAGACUCCCUCCAUGCUCCGACACAACUCUCACAGGAGACUGAGCCAUCUUGUGUGAUGUAGCCACCAGUAACACUCAGGUCCCCACUGGUCCCACCUCUGCCUGACUUCACAUCUUGCUGAUUAUAAGAGGGACAAAAAAAAAACUUGAUUGGACAAA